GUAAAUGCAAACAUGCUAUUUAAUUAAAAAUAUUAAUUUGACUUUAAUCAGUUUUUAUCAACCUGCUAUUUACACUUGCUUUUAGUAAGUUACUUGUACUUUGAGGUUGAAAAAUCUUACCAGCUCAGUUUACUUGAGUUAGAUUAAUUUAGAAAAAGUAAGUUCAUGAUCUGUGGGCAUGCGCAGAUCAGUCCUCUCUACGCUAGACGGCGAUAUUUGUUCACCACUAUGGCCCCUCCCUUCAAUAGCUACUAUUGGCCAGGCGUCCAUGCUUACGUACCUGAUUUGUACAGGUCAUAUCCCCUGACUAACCUUAACCAAUCCAGGUGAAAUGCCUAACCCCAACCAAUCAAGCUGCUUCGUAGGGCGGGUCUUGGCGUGGCGGGAUUCGUAAAUUUGCAGAGAUGUCACAUCGUGCCUGCAACUGAACUGACCAGGUGGAGCUGGACCUAAACAUCGCUUCAACUGGGCUUUUGUUUAUCUUCAUCAUAUCAGCGAUUCUUGUGCUUGGCACACUCAUUUGGCUCAAGCAGAUGGUGAUCAAUCCACACAUAGGUAGUCCCAGCAGUAAAAGAUACUGUGGGUUCGAUUUAUAGCCCAUUAAGAUGAUAACUUCAGCAGUGUUGCACAGGCACUGAUCAGAAAAUACCCCUGCCUCGCUGAGCCUGGACCACACAAAUGGUAUGGCUGGAAAAACAGCCUUAAAUUUAAGAUGGCCAAUUAUCGCACAAAGCUUCGAAAAGCUGGAUGUGAGGAUGUAGCAAUCCUGGUUGAAAAUGGUUGAACGAUGGCCAGCACUCUUCACAGAGAGACAGGUGUUUGCUGAGUUUAAUAGAAUCGCCAGUAAGAAUCUUGAGGGAGACUUUUUUGAGGCUCAGGACCAGUACGCACCACGUUUCAUCGAACUCUUCAAAACAAAGAAGGGAACUGUUGGUCGGAAACUCAGGGAGCUGAUUCAGCACAUAAGCUGUAAGACACCAGACGUGACAGUACUUCACUCUGUUGUCCUCAAAGACAUUCCCAUUUUACUCUGUGAUGAAUCCAGUGAAUUCUAUAAGACCUGCUCUGAUACAACGAGAGACGAGGCCCUAGAAUGCAUCACUGUUGGUGUGCUGACAGUUGUCAGUGAAGAUAGUCCUCAUGAGGGUCAAAGCUCAGUGGAACUCCAGCCCGUCUCCACUGCCAUCAUUCUGGAGGGAGGUAUUGUCAUGGAUCAUAUUAAAAACUUGCCUCAGGCAGUUUGUCUGUUGUUUGGACUUACAUAUGUAUUGCAUUUGGAUUACCCAAAAUGCAUGUCAAAUACACUCCACUUCAUUCAGACUGUGAUGCUUGGACUGGGAAAGAAAAAAACUCCCAUCAAAACUGUUAACUCUGAAGAACAGUCUUUUGGGUUAGAACAGUAAAGAGCCGUCAGCUGUCAGAUAGCACUUUGUAAGCUUUGCAGCCAUUAAUGUUUGAUGCUUUCUUGCAACUGUUCACGCUAAUUUACGAUCUCAUUUUAAAAAAGAAAAGAAAAAAUCCAUGGAAGUCUGUACCAUGUUAUGCAGGUAUGCUAAUGGUGGAAAUAGAGCUGUUUGCAAAGUGUUGUUAGUUGUUAUUAGAUGAUAAUGACAGAAAAUAACCUAGCAAGGUUGUCCUGUUUACAUUUGUGUUUUUGGAAAACUUUUAAUAGUUUUAAUGUAGUACAAAUAGAAACCCCAAGGAGUGAUUUU